AUGUGCACCAACAACACACAUCCCGACAACAACAACAACAACAACAACAACAACAGUUCCUUCUACCACUACUCCUACACCCACUACUACAAUCCUAACUUCGAGAGCUCCAUCUACAACAAAAACAACAACUCUGCCUUCCACCACUACUGCACCUCCAACCUCUACUCCUACAUCAACCUCAACAGGAGUAUCUGCUAUGGUUGGGGAGAUCCUCACUAUGUCACCUUUGAUGGAACAUACUAUGGCUUCCAAGGAAAUUGUUCUUACGUCUUGGUCAAAGAAAUCCUGCCAAAGUACAACUUCAGUGUUGUAAUCGACAAUUACUAUUGUGAUGCCCCAGAUGGACUUUCCUGCCCUCAGUCUCUGACAAUUUAUUACCAAUCUUACAAGAUAUUCAUGACCACGAAGGAUGUUGAUGGAGUGUUCACAAGUCUGAUUUAUGUAAACCAGCAACGCAUCAUCCCAGCAUAUGAGACCAAGGACUUCCGCAUCACAGACAACGGAAUUGAGACCCUUUUAGUCAUACCAGCAAUUAAUGCCAAGGUGUCUUUCACUGGUCUUAUGUUUAGCAUAUACCUGCCCUGGGACAAGUUCAGUGGCAACACUGAGGGACAGUGUGGGUGGAUGCCCAAACCCAUCUACAUAUCAUUGAGUGUCAACCUACUGAAUGUGACACUCACUGCCAGCAGGGCUAUGAUCAUCAAGCCGUUCCUGGGCAGUGUUGUGGGAAGUGUGUACAGACAAGCUCCUGGUUCUGUCUGGAUACCAUCUGGAGACAAGUGUCUCAAGUUUGAGUGUGCAAAGAUUAUGGACCAAUUCAUCCCAAUUGAGGCUAAGACUGUGUGCCCUGACUUCUACCCAGAAGACUGCAUACCCGGAACUGAAGUCAUUGCUCCAGAUGGUUGCUGCCAUGUCUGUAUUAAAAUAACUAAGCCAUGCAACGUGACAAACAGCAAAGUGUACCUGGACAGCAAUGGCUGCAAGUCUGCAAACGAGGUGGAAGUGACAACAUGUGAAUUGGGCUGCCUGUCUAAAUGCAAACUACAAAUUAUAUCCUCAGGAGUGAAUGCCUCACACAAUGACCAGGUCUGCAGCACAUGGGGUAACUACCAUUUCAAGACCUUCGACGGGGACUUUUUCCAGCUCCCCUCCACCUGCAACCAUGUUGUGACCUCACUGUGUAAGAGCAGCUAUGAGGCUUUCAACAUCCAGAUGAGGCGGCAGGUGGUGGACAACCAGCCCACCAUUAGCAAGAUCACCAUGAAGCUGGAUGGUGUAGUGGUGGAGCUAUCCAAGGGAGUUGUUGUGGUCAAUGGGCAGACGGUGACCCUGCCGUUCAGCUUGUCUGGAGUCAGCAUCGUGAAGACUACAUCCAAUGUGAAGGUCGUAGCCAAACUGGGGCUGGUUGCUGUUUGGAACAAGGAUGACUCCCUAAUGAUUGAAAUGAACGAGAAGUACAGAAACCAGACCUGCGGACUGUGUGGUGACUUCAAUGAAGUCCAAACAUACAACGAGUUCAUCAUCAAUGGUGGGGAACUCUCUAGCUCUGACUAUGGAAACCUCUGGAAACUGGAUGGCCCGCUGGAAGUCUGUGAGGAGCCUAUGCUAACUUCUGUGGAGAGUUGUGGAGAUGAGGAAUUUUGUCAGCAGCUACUCUCCAGUGCAGCUUUCAGUAGCUGCGCUAAUUAUUUGGACAUGGACUCCUUCAUCAAGACCUGCCUUGCAGACCUGUGCCACUGUGAUAACAGCACCAACUCCUUCUGCCUGUGCAACACCAUCUCAGAGUACUCCCGUCAGUGUGUUCACGCAGGGGGGAAGCCCCAGCAAUGGAGGACUGAACAGUUCUGCUAUAAGACAUGCCCCUACAACAUGGAGUACCAGGAGUGUGGAAGCCCCUGUGUUGACACCUGCUCCAACCCAGAGGCCAGACAGUUGUGUGAAGACCACUGUACAGACGGCUGCUUCUGUCCUCUAGGUACUGUUUUUGAUGAUGUCAGCAACAGUGGCUGUAUUCCAUUGAGCGAAUGCCUUUGUGUCCACAAUGGACAAGUAUACAAAUCUGGAGAAUCUUACACCAGCAACUGUAAAGAAUGCAAAUGUGCUGGUGGUCAGUGGGCCUGUACAGACAAGGACUGUCCUGGGACCUGCUCUGUGGAGGGAGGAUCCCACAUCAACACCUAUGAUGGGAAAGCCUACACCUUCCAUGGGGACUGCUCUUACAUUCUGACCAAGCAAUGCAAUGGAACUGAAUUCACCGUGCUGGGAGACAUUGUGAAAUGUGGGUUGACUGACACUCAGACCUGUAUGAGGGCUGUUACCCUAGCCCUCUCCAGCAGAUCCACUGUGAUCCGAGUCCAGUCAUGUGGAAGUGUUUUUGUAAAUCAGAUUCUUUCUCAGCUCCCACUCAAUACAGCUGAAGUGACCGUCUUCAAGCCCUCCUCAUUCUACAUUGUUAUACAGACAACUCUUGGAGUUCAACUUCAGAUCCAGCUUUCACCAGUUAUGCAGAUCUACAUAACUGCCAUCUCAUCCUACAAAGGAACAACCUGUGGCCUUUGCGGAAACUACAAUGACGUUCAGGCAGAUGAGUUCAGAGUCAUCAGUGGAUUGGUGGAGGGCACAGCUGUAGCUUUUGCCAACACAUGGAAAACCAUGGCCAGCUGUCCUGAUGUCAAGACUAGCUUUGAAAACCCCUGCAGUUUGAGCAUCGAAAAUGAGAAAUAUGCCCAGCACUGGUGUUCCAUGUUAUCGGAUCCUAAAGGAGUGUUCUCCCCUUGCCAUUCUGAAAUAAGACCAGACACCUACAAAACCAACUGCAUGUAUGACAGCUGUAACUGUGAGAAGAGUGAGGACUGCAUGUGUGCUGCCGUCUCCUCUUAUGUCCACGCGUGUGCUGCCAAGGGUAUCCAGCUCAGUGGCUGGAGAGACACUAUCUGCAAUAAAUUCGCCACCUGUCCCAGUCAAACAGUUUAUACCUACAACAUGACCAGCUGUGGACGCAGCUGCCGCUCACUGAGCAUGACAGACCAAUCUUGCCAGGUGAAGUUUGUUCUGGUGGACGGCUGUGGCUGUGCAGAGGGCACCUACAUGGACGAGGCUGCCAAGUGUGUUGCCCCCACCAACUGUCCCUGCUAUGACAAGGGCUCGGUGGUCCCUGCAGGAGAGACUAUCAGCAGAGACGGUGCCACCUGUACUUGCAGACAAGGGACACUGAGUUGCACUGGGGGAGCAAGACAAUUUAGUACCCCAGUAUGCACACUGCCAAUGGUUUUCUUCAACUGCUCAAAUGCACCUCCAGGAGUUUCAGGUUCAGAGUGUCAGAAGAGCUGCAAAACUCUGGACAUGACCUGUAUCAGCACAGAGUGCACAUCAGGGUGUAUGUGCCCCACUGGACUGGUGUCUGAUGGGAACGGAGACUGCAUCAAGGAGGAACUUUGUCCUUGUUCUCACAAUGGAGCUACUUACCAAGCUGGAGAGACUCUUAAGGUUGACUGCAAUACAUGUACUUGCAAGGACAGUCAAUGGCAGUGUACCACACAUCUUUGUGAUGGAGUUUGUGCAAUUUACGGAGAGGGUCACUAUAUCACCUUUGAUGAGAAAAGGUUCAACUUUAAUGGAAACUGUGAAUACACUCUCAUUCAGGACUACUGUGGCAAUACUAAUGGCAGUGGCAGCUUCAGAGUUCUCACUGAGAACGUUCCUUGUGGAACUAAAGGCACCACCUGCUCCAAGACCAUCAAGCUCUUCCUGGGGACCAGUGAGCUCAUAUUGGCAGAUGGGACCGCUCAAGUUGUCAGGAGUACUCCACAAGAGCAGUUUCCUAAACAGAUCAGCCUUCUGGGGAAUUAUCUGGUUAUUGAAGUCAAAAGUGGUCUAAUCCUCAUGUGGGACAAGAAGACCAGUCUCUUUAUCAAGCUUAGCCCACAAUACCAGGGGCAAGUGUGUGGUCUGUGUGGAAACUAUGAUGGCAACGCAAACAAUGACUUCACCACUAGAGCCCAGGCGACAGUUGUUGAUCCGGUGGAAUUUGGAAACAGCUGGAAAGUUUCAUCAAGCUGCCCAAGUGUAUCCGCUGUAGUGCACCCAUGUGCCUCCAACCCGUACAGAGCGUCUUGGGCCCAGAAACAGUGCAGCAUCAUUAAGAGUGAUGUCUUCGCAGCCUGCCAGAACCAGGUGGACCCCUCUCCUUACUACGAUGCUUGUGUGAGAGACUCAUGUGCUUGUGACAGUGGUGGAGACUGUGAGUGCUUCUGUACCGCUGUGGCAGCUUAUGCAAAGGCCUGCAAUGAAGCUGGAGCCUGCGUAGCCUGGAGAACCCCUCGAAUUUGCCCACUGUUCUGUGAUUACUACAACCCCACUGGAGAAUGUGAGUGGCACUACAAGGCAUGUGGAGCUCAGUGUAUGAAGACCUGCAGAAACCCUUCCGGAGACUGUUCUACUUUAAUUCCAGCAUUGGAAGGCUGCUAUCCUAACUGUCCUGUGGCACAACCUUACUUCAAUGAGGAGACAAUGAAGUGUGUGGAGAGGGAACAAUGUGGCUGUUAUGACUAUGAAGGAAACCAGUACACCAAUGGACAGAAUCUUCCGGCACAAAACUGUGAAACAUGCACCUGCACAAUGACUGGAGUGAGUUGUAGUUAUAAUGUAAAUGAUUGUACAUGCUUGUAUAAUGGUAAACAACAGCCAUAUGGAGCAACCCUCUACAAUACAACAGAUGGGAUUGGUAACUGCAUAGUUGCUGUUUGCGCCGUGAACGGAACCAUUACCAGGAACAUUUCCCCUUGUCAAGUGACCACAACUCCAGUACCAACCACAACUUCCCCUCUGACCACAACGACUUCAACCACAACAACAAAGGAACCCACCACAAAUGCAGAGGAAAUUACACCUACCACAGGUGGAACUACAACAGUUGAAGGAUCCACAACAGAGACCAUUCCAUCUACAUCCACAGUGCCAACUAAAGGAGUCACCACUGGCCCAACAACCACUUCUACCACCGUAAGUGUUGAAACCUCUACCUCAACACCACAGCCCACAUCAACAGGUGAAGAAACAACAGGGCCAGUUGGCAUUACUUCCAAUCCCACGACUUCAACCACGACAACUGCAGAGGUAAUUACACCUACCACAGGUGGAACUACAACAGUUGAAGGAUCCACAACGGAAACCAUUCCAUCUACAUCCACAGUGCCACCUAAAGGAGUCACCACUGGCCCAACAACCACUUCCACCACCGUAAGUGUUGAAACCUCUACCUCAACACCACAGCCCACAUCAACAGGUGAAGAAACAACAGGGCCAGUUGGCAUUACUUCCAUUCCCACGACUUCAACCACAACAACUGCAGAGGUAAUUACACCUACCACAGGUGGAACUACAACAGUUGAAGAAACCACAACGGAGACCAUUCCAUCUACAUCCACAGUGCCACCUAAAGGAGUCACCACUGGCCCAACAACCACUUCCACCACCGUAAGUGUUGAAACCUCUAGUUCAACUCCACAGCCCACAUCAACAGGUGAAGAAACAACAGGGCCAGUUGGCAUUACUUCCAUUCCCACGACUUCAACCACAACAACUGCAGAGGUAAUUACACCUACCACAGGUGGAACUACAAGAGUUGAAGAAACCACAACGGAGACCAUUCCAUCUACAUCCACAGUGCCACCUAAAGGAGUCACCACUGGCCCAACAACCACUUCCACCACCGUAAGUGUUGAAACCUCUAGUUCAACUCCACAGCCCACAUCAACAGGUGAAGAAACAACAGGGCCAGUUGGCAUUACUUCCAUUCCCACGACUUCAACCACAACAACUGCAGAGGUAAUUACACCUACCACAGGUUUAACUACAACAGUUGAAGAAACCACAACGGAGACCAUUCCAUCUACAUCCACAGUGCCACCUAAAGAAGUCACCACUGGCCCAACAACCACUUCCACCACCGUAAGUGUUGAAACCUCUACCUCAACACCACAGCCCACAUCAACAGGUGAAGAAACAACAGGGCCAGUUGGCAUUACUUCCAAUCCAACGACUUCAACCACAACAACUGCAGAGGUAAUUACACCUACCACAGGUGGAACUACAACAGUUGAAGGAUCCACAACAGAGACCAUUCCAUCUACAUCCACAGUGCCCCCUAAAGGAGUCACCACUGGCCCAACAACCACUUCCACCACCGUAAGUGUUGAAACCUCUACCUCAACACCACAGCCCACAUCAACAGGUGAAGAAACAACAGGGCCAGUUGGCAUUACUUCCAUUCCCACGACUUCAACCACAACAACAGCAGAGGUAAUUACACCUACCACAGGUUUAACUACAACAGUUGAAGAAACCACAACGGAGACCAUUCCAUCUACAUCCACAGUGCCACCUAAAGAAGUCACCACUGGCCCAACAACCACUUCCACCAGCGUAAGUGUUGAAACCUCUACCUCAACACCACAGCCCACAUCAACAGGUGAAGAAACAACAGGGCCAGUUGGCAUUACUUCCAAUCCCACGACUUCAACCACAACAACAGCAGAGGUAAUUACACCUACCACAGGUGGAACUACAACAGUUGAAGAAACCACAACGGAGACCAUUCCAUCUACAUCCACAGUGCCACCUAAUGAAGUCACCACUGGCCCAACAACCACUUCCACCACCCCCACAUCAACAGGUGAAGAAACAACAGGGCCAGUUGGCAUUACUUCCAAUCCCACGACUUCAACCACAACAACUGCAGAGGUAAUUACACCUACCACAGGUGGAACUACAACAGUUGAAGAAACCACAACGGAGACCAUUCCAUCUACAUCCACAGUGCCACCUAAAGAAGUCACCACUGGCCCAACAACCACUUCCACCACCGUAAGUGUUGAAACCUCUACCUCAACACCACAGCCCACAUCAACAGGUGAAGAAACAACAGGGCCAGUUGGCAUUACUUCCAAUCCAACGACUUCAACCACAACAACUGCAGAGGUAAUUACACCUACCACAGGUGGAACAACAACAGUUGAAGGAUCCACAACAGAGACCAUUCCAUCUACAUCCACAGUGCCCCCUAAAGGAGUCACCACUGGCCCAACAACCAGUUCCACCACCGUAAGUGUUGAAACUUCUAGCUCAACACCACAGCCCACAUCAACAGGUGAAGAAACAACAGGGCCAGUUGGCAUUACUUCCAAUCCCACGACUUCAACCACAACAACUGCAGAGGUAAUUACACCUACCACAGGUGGAACUACAACAGUUGAAGAAACCACAACGGAGACCAUUCCAUCUACAUCCACAGUGCCACCUAAAGAAGUCACCACUGGCCCAACAACCACUUCCACCACCGUAAGUGUUGAAACCUCUACCUCAACACCACAGCCCACAUCAACAGGUGAAGAAACAACAGGGCCAGUUGGCAUGACUUCCAAUCCAACGACUUCAACCACAACAACUGCAGAGGUAAUUACACCUACCACAGGUGGAACAACAACAGUUGAAGGAUCCACAACAGAGACCAUUCCAUCUACAUCCACAGUGCCCCCUAAAGGAGUCACCACUGGCCCAACAACCACUUCCACCACCGUAAGUGUUGAAACCUCUACCUCAACACCACAGCCCACAUCAACAGGUGAAGAAACAACAGGGCCAGUUGGCAUUACUUCCAAUCCCACGACUUCAACCACAACAACUGCAGAGGUAAUUACACCUACCACAGGUGGAACUACAACAGUUGAAGAAACCACAACGGAGACCAUUCCAUCUACAUCCACAGUGCCACCUAAAGAAGUCACCACUGGCCCAACAACCACUUCCACCACCGUAAGUGUUGAAACCUCUAGCUCAACUCCACAGCCCACAUCAACAGGUGAAGAAACAACAGGGCCAGUUGGCAUUACUUCCAAUCCCACGACUUCAACCACAACAACUGCAGAGGUAAUUACACCUACCACAGGUGGAACUACAACAGUUGAAGAAACCACAACGGAGACCAUUCCAUCUACAUCCACAGUGCCACCUAAAGGAGUCACCAAUGGCCCAACAACCACUUCCACCACCGUAAGUGUUGAAACCUCUACCUCAACACCACAGCCCACAUCAACAGGUGAAGAAACAACAGGGCCAGUUGGCAUUACUUCCAAUCCCACGACUUCAACCACAACAACUGCAGAGGUAAUUACACCUACCACAGGUGGAACUACAACAGUUGAAGAAACCACAACGGAGACCAUUCCAUCUACAUCCACAGUGCCACCUAAAGAAGUCACCACUGGCCCAACAACCACUUCCACCACCGUAAGUGUUGAAACCUCUACCUCAACACCACAGCCCACAUCAACAGGUGAAGAAACAACAGGGCCAGUUGGCAUUACUUCCAAUCCAACGACUUCAACCACAACAACUGCAGAGGUAAUUACACCUACCACAGGUGGAACAACAACAGUUGAAGGAUCCACAACAGAGACCAUUCCAUCUACAUCCACAGUGCCCCCUAAAGGAGUCACCACUGGCCCAACAACCAGUUCCACCACCGUAAGUGUUGAAACCUCUACCUCAACACCACAGCCCACAUCAACAGGUGAAGAAACAACAGGGCCAGUUGGCAUUACUUCCAAUCCCACGACUUCAACCACAACAACUGCAGAGGUAAUUACACCUACCACAGGUGGAACUACAACAGUUGAAGAAACCACAACGGAGACCAUUCCAUCUACAUCCACAGUGCCCCCUAAAGGAGUCACCACUGGCCCAACAACCACUUCCACCACCGUAACUGUUGAAACCUCUACCUCAACACCACAGCCCACAUCAACAGUGCCCCCUAAAGGAGUCACCACUGGCCCAACAACCAGUUCCACCACCGUAAGUGUUGAAACCUCUAGCUCAACACCACAGCCCACAUCAACAGGUGAAGAAACAACAGGGCCAGUUGGCAUUACUUCCAAUCCCACGACUUCAACCACAACAACUGCAGAGGUAAUUACACCUACCACAGGUGGAACUACAACAGUUGAAGAAACCACAACGGAGACCAUUCCAUCUACAUCCACAGUGCCCCCUAAAGGAGUCACCACUGGCCCAACAACCACUUCCACCACCGUAAGUGUUGAAACCUCUACCUCAACACCACAGCCCACAUCAACAGGUGAAGAAACAACAGGGCCAGUUGGCAUUACUUCCAUUCCCACGACUUCAACCACAACAACAGCAGAGGUAAUUACACCUACCACAGGUUUAACUACAACAGUUGAAGAAACCACAACGGAGACCAUUCCAUCUACAUCCACAGUGCCCCCUAAAGGAGUCACCACUGGCCCAACAACCAGUUCCACCAGCGUAAGUGUUGAAACCUCUACCUCAACACCACAGCCCACAUCAACAGGUGAAGAAACAACAGGGCCAGUUGGCAUUACUUCCAAUCCCACGACUUCAACCACAACAACAGCAGAGGUAAUUACACCUACCACAGGUGGAACUACAACAGUUGAAGAAACCACAACGGAGACCAUUCCAUCUACAUCCACAGUGCCACCUAAAGAAGUCACCACUGGCCCAACAACCACUUCCACCACCGUAAGUGUUGAAACCUCUAGCUCAUCUCCACCUCCCACAUCAACAGGUGAAGAAACAACAGGGCCAGUUGGCAUUACUUCCAUUCCCACGACUUCAACCACAACAACAGCAGAGGUAAUUACACCUACCACAGGUGGAACUACAACAGUUGAAGAAACCACAACAGAGACCAUUCCAUCUACAUCCACAGUGCCACCUAAAGAAGUCACCACUGGCCCAACAACCACUUCCACCACCGUAAGUGUUGAAACCUCUACCUCAACACCACAGCCCACAUCAACAGGUGAAGAAACAACAGGGCCAGUUGGCAUUACAUCCAAUCCCACAACUUCAACCACAACAACUGCAGAGGUAAUUACACCUACCACAGGUGGAACAACAACAGUUGAAGGAUCCACAACAGAGACCAUUUCAUCUACAUCCACAGUGCCCCCUAAAGGAGUCACCACUGGCCCAACAACCAGUUCCACCACCGUAAGUGUUGAAACCUCUACCUCAACACCACAGCCCACAUCAACAGGUGAAGAAACAACAGGGCCAGUUGGCAUUACUUCCAAUCCCACGACUUCAACCACAACAACUGCAGAGGUAAUUACACCUACCACAGGUGGAACUACAACAGUUGAAGAAACCACAACGGAGACCAUUCCAUCUACAUCCACAGUGCCCCCUAAAGGAGUCACCACUGGCCCAACAACCACUUCCACCACCCCCACAUCAACAGGUGAAGAAACAACAGGGCCAGUUGGCAUUACUUCCAAUCCCACAACUUCAACCACAACAACUGCAGAGGUAAUUACACCUACCACAGGUGGAACUACAACAGUUGAAGAAACCACAACUGAGACAAGUCCAUCUACAUCCACAAAGCCACCAAAAGAAGUCACCACCGGCCCAACUACAUCGUCUACAACUUAUAUAAUUGUAACUUCAAGUUCAACAUCACAGCCUUCAGCAACAAGUACAGAAACAACAGAGCCAGUUGUCAUCACAGGCCCAUUAGCAACAACAAGAACUCCUUCAGCAUCGCCACAAGUGAUUAUUACACCAACAUCACAAGCAGUCACCACCAGCCAGUGCAUUUGCAAUGUUAAUGGGACACAGUAUCUACCAGGGAACCUAGUGUAUAAUGUGACCGAUGCUUCAGGGUGGUGCUUCACGGCCUACUGCAAAGCAACGUGCCAAGUUGAAGUGGAAUCAAAUCCAUGUCCUUCCUCUACACCACCCACUGUUUCUCCCACAACGUCCGAAGAGACCAUGACCACACCACCAACAACUCAAUCCUCCCCAGACUGCACUAGCGUUCAGCCACCAAGAAAGAAUGGAGAAUCUUGGCAGCUGAAUAGCUGUACCACAGCAAUUUGCCAGGACAGCAUUGUUGUCCAGCUACCAGUAAAAUGCAAGCCAGUGGAGCCACUACAGUGUGAGAAUGGCCGUCCACCUGUCAAGGUCUAUGAUUCAACUGGAUGCUGCUUUACAUAUGAAUGUGAAUGUGUAUGCAGUGGAUGGGGUGGAUCUCACUACAUGACAUUUGAUGGAGUAUAUUACAAUUUCCAGGAGAACUGCUCCUACACCUUAGUGAAAGAAAUCAACUUCAAAUACAACCUAACCAUUAUUGUUGAUAACCACUACUGUGGAAACGCUGACAGUGGAUUCUGUCCUCAGUCCCUUAUCAUUCACUACAAAUCCUAUGAAGUGAUUCUAACCCAGCAGAGAUCUGGUGAAACAACAGAAAACGUGGUAUAUGUCAACAGUAAACGGAUCUACCCAGCUUACAGAAUGGGUGACAUUGCUCUAACAAGUACUGGUGUGGAGGUCGUGCUGGAGAUCACUGAUCUUAAGGUUCAGGUGUCUUACAAGGGGUCAUCAUUUAGCAUCAACCUUCCUUACUCCCUCUUCCAAGGCAUCACAGAGGGCCAGUGUGGUACCUGUGAUAAUUCCAAGAAGAAUGACUGCCAGUCACCUAAUGGUCAGAUACAGAGCUGCUCAGUCGCAGCUAGCCAGUGGCUGAUUCCAAACCAGGACUGUCCAACUCCUCCAACAGCACCACCCACUACCAACACGGCAACCCCAAGCACAUCCCCUACCCCCUGCAAGACAGUCAUUUGUGAAAUCAUGAACAGCAAGGUCUUUGAGGAAUGCCAUAAAGCGGUUUCUCCUGAUGCCUUCAUUCAGGCCUGUAGAUCAGAUGUCUGCAACAAUGCUAAUUCUAGCUGCUCUAGUCUGGAGGCGUAUGCAUCUGAAUGUGCAAAUAAAGGGAUCUGCAUUGAAUGGAGGAAGUCCACCGAUGGAGAAUGUGAGCAUACAUGCCCAGCCACUAAGGUGUACAUGCCAUGUGGUCCAGCAGUUGAACCAACAUGUAAUACCAGAUAUAAUGUGAAGUAUUUGAACAAUCAAACCCAAAUGACCAAUAAGACAAAGGAGGGUUGCUUCUGUCCAUCUAAAACCGUCUUGUUCAGCACCUACUCUGAUACUUGUGUGGUCUCCUGUGGCUGUACCGGACCUGAUGGCAACCCCAAAAUGCCUGGUGAUACAUGGGAGAGUGGUUGCCAGCAGUGCACAUGUGACAUGGACUCCAUGAUUGUCCAGUGCCAGCCUAUCACUUGCCCCACACCAGCCAUACCCAUCUGCAAUGAGACUGGAUACAGAUUGGUGAACAAGACAGAAGGCUGCUGCCAGAAAUAUACAUGUGAGUGUGAUGCACUGCUUUGCCCCAAAGUCAUGAUGGACUGCCAGCCAGGGUGGGAGGCAAUUAUAAGCACGUCCAUCUCAAGCUGCUGUCCAGAGUAUACCUGUGUUCCUAAGAGUGUAUGUGUCUACAAUAACAUUGAGUACCAGCCUGGUGCUGAAGUUCCUAAAGGAACUUGUGAGAAUUGUACCUGCAGCUCGAUCAUGGAUCCUAGCACCAAGCUCAACAACAUUGUGUGCACAAAUAUCUCCUGCGACACUACAUGUUCACAGGGCUUCCAGUAUCAGGCCAUACCUGGUCAGUGUUGUGGGAAGUGUGUGCAGACAAGCUGUGUGGUUACUAUGCCAGAUAAGACCAAACAGACUAUUCAGGUGAAUGAAACGUGGUCACCACCUGGUGACAAAUGUGUGAAGUACACAUGUGAGGAAACUGGUGGCCAAUAUAUACCAGUGGAGGUGAAGACUGUGUGCCCUGCAUUCAGCCCAGAGAACUGUGUCCCAGGCACAGAAAAGACAGAUGCAAAUGGAUGUUGCAAGACCUGCACAGAACGCAGCAAUGUCUGUGAGAUGAAGUACACCACCACUAGCAUUGUCAUCAGUGGCUGUGCGACCGCAGAGCCUGUGGAGAUCAAUUCCUGCUCAGGAAACUGUGGAACUUCUUCUAUGUACUCAGCAGAGGCGAACACCAUGAUGCACUACUGCUCCUGCUGCCAAGAGGCGACCACUAGCCAGAAAGAGGUGGAGCUGAUGUGCCCUGAUGGGUCAAAGGUCAAGCACUCUUACAUCCACGUUGAGUCGUGUGGAUGUCAUGUCACAGACUGUGAUGCAGGCACGACCGCCGCCCCGGGGACGACGAGACAGCGCAGGAGAAGCCGCUAAACGUCUAGGGAGACAACAUGCACACUGAUAUAGGAAUUAUCCUCAUGUCAAGGAAUGUUUUAGUCCAAAUUUGUUUUCUUGUUACGUUUUAAUUAAAUCUGUCAUGCCAGUGUAUUUCUACAAUCGGCAGCGCUUAGCAUUAUGUUCUUAUACCUUCAUUGUAAAAUGAAUGUAUUUUCUAUGAUAAAUGUAGUGGAGAAUCUCUUUUCUCAUUUGUAGUAAUUAAUAAACAACAGCAGCAUCAUGUGCUUCUGCAUGUUCCUUUU